CACCCUCACCUCUCCUCUCCUAUAACUCCCCGCACCCCCACCCUCUUCUUUCUCAAUUCAUCUUCUCCUCCUUCUCCUUCUGUCCGUUUUUGUCCCUUCCCGGAGGCAUCUCUAGUUCUUUUUGCUGUCAUACUCCAUCACCAACCAUGGCUGACGAUGCUCCUAAGACUGCUGCUGCUCCUCCUCCUCAAGAGGCAUCUGCGCAGGUGCAAGAAGUGGUGCUUAAGGAUGUUCCUCAGCCUGAGAAACCUGUCGAUAAGGAUCCCCAAUCUGUUCCCGACGCCGAGCCAUUGAAGCCUGUUGAGGAGACUGCCGAAACUGACGUGUCUGCUAAGCCCGGAGGUGAAGGUGAGGACCAAAUGCCCGAUUCUGGUUCGUUUAAGGAGGAGAGCACCAGAGUUGCUGACCUUUCUGAUCACGAGAAGAAAGCCCUUCAAGAGUUCAAACAACUCGUCCAAGAUGCUCUUAACAAGCACGAAUUCUCUGCCCCUCCCGACCCACCUUCGCCUCCUAAGGAAGACAAGUCGGCGCCUGGUCCUCCUCUGAAGGACGAUGACAAGAAGACGGAAGAACCCGUUCAGGAAAAGCCUGCAGAAACUGCGGACCCCACUAAAACGGAGGACCAACAAGAAGACAAGGAGGAAGCCGCGUCGCAGGAGGUUGGAGAAUCCACGGUGGUCGUUGAGGCUGUUGAUGACAAAGCGGCAGCUCCUGCUGUCGAUGACGACGGAGCUAAAACCGUGGAAGCCAUUGAAGAGAGCGUGGUGGCGGUGUCUUCCGCUGUUCCGGCUGAGGAGACACAGGCAGCCAAAGAGUCUGAGGGCGCAGCCGUUCCUCCACCGGCGGAGGCAGAAACUAAGGAAACCAAUGACGAAACUCCUCCGCCACCUCCGCCGGAAGAAGUAUCCGUUUGGGGGAUACCUCUGCUUGUUGAUGAGAGGAGCGAUGUUAUUCUAUUGAAAUUCCUGCGAGCAAGGGAUUUCAAAGUGAAAGAUGCUUUCACCAUGAUCAAGAACACAAUUCUCUGGAGGAAAGAAUUCGGAAUCGACAAAUUGAUGGAAGAAAACUUGAGUGAUGAUUUGGAGAAGGCGGUAUUCAUGCAUGGGUUCGAUAAGGAAGGCCACCCCGUGUGUUACAAUGUCUAUGGGGAAUUCCAAAACAAGGAACUUUACAAGAAAGCGUUUUCCGAUGAGGGGAGGAGGCUCAACUUCCUGAGAUGGAGAAUUCAGUUUCUGGAAAGGAGUAUUCGCAAAUUGGAUUUCGCUCCUGGUGGUGUAUCCACCAUUGUGCAGAUUAAUGAUCUGAAGAAUUCUCCCGGACCUGGUAAGUGGGAACUUAGACAAGCCACCAAACAGGCCCUCCAUUUGCUUCAAGACAACUAUCCUGAAUUCGUAGCCAAACAGAUAUUCAUCAAUGUGCCAUGGUGGUAUCUGGCAGUGAACAGGAUGAUAAGCCCUUUUCUCACUCAGAGAACCAAGAGCAAGUUUGUAUUUGCAGGGCCUUCCAAAUCUGCAGAGACCCUUUUGAGAUACAUAGCUCCAGAGCAGCUUCCCGUGAAGUAUGGAGGACUAAGCAAAGAUGGAGAAUUCGGCAAUACUGAUGCUGUCACUGAAGUUACGGUUAGGCCAGCAGCAAAGCAUACCGUAGAAUUUCCGGUCAAUGAGAAAUGCCUUCUGUCUUGGGAGCUGAGAGUGAUAGGUUGGGAUGUAAGCUAUGGAGCAGAGUUCGUGCCAAGUGCUGAAGGAAGCUAUACAGUGAUUAUUCAGAAGGCUAGAAAAGUGGCUUCAUCAGAAGAACCAGUGCUUUGCAAUAGUUUUGAGAUUGGUGAGCCUGGGAAAGUGGUUCUCACCAUUGACAAUGCAAGCUCCAAGAAGAAGAAACUCUUGUACCGCUUGAAAACCAAGUCUUCUGCUUAAACAUGAAUUUUGACGAAUAGGAGGAUGGGCUUUUCUUGUGAAAUUGUUAUGGGGUAUUAUAUGGGAUAUAUAUGUAUACUCUGUGUUUUUUUAAUUAUUAUUUAUUAUUAUUGUUUUCGUUAUUGUCAAAUAUCAAAUUUCUUUUUCAUAUUGGAGGUGGACGGGCGAUCUUUGUUUUUUAUGUGUAAAUGGACAGAAAUUUGUGGUGGGUCUUUUUUUCC